UAUCGUGCUGUGUGCCUGUUGGCUGGCGCCGAGUCUGCCGUUCAACGCACUGAGCUGAGUGAAAAGCCUGCGCCUUCGUGCUUCGCUUUCUCGUGAAGAGGACCGUGAGUUCGUUCCCUCAACGCUGCGUGUAAGCCCCGCAAUCUCCAAGAUGGACGUCAAGGAAGACGACAGCGUGUGCAUCGUCUGCUGGCGUGACAUCCACGUUUACGCGAUCGGCCUGUGCGACCACCCCGUGUGUCACGAGUGUUCCACCCGCAUGCGAGUGCUGUGCCGCAAGAGCGAAUGCCCCAUCUGUCGCCGCACACUGCCCAAGGUGAUCUUUGUGAAGGAGUGCCGUCCCUACGAGGAGCUCAACAAGCGGUUGUACCAGGUGGACGUGCGGCCGCAGAUCUGCUUCGAGGACGAGUCGGUGCGGCAGGCAUAUCGCGAGCUGCUCGACAACCGCUGCAAGUACUGCCCGCCGUCGUCAACCAAGCAGCCGACCGUCUUCAGCAGCUUUGCCCUGCUGCGAAACCAUGUGCGCAAGGAGCACAACCGCACCUACUGCGACCUCUGCGUGGAGCACCUCAAGAUCUUCCCAGGCGAGCGGACGGCAUACACGCGGAGGGACAUGGCGCGGCACCAGAGCCAGGGGGACCUGGACGACACGUCGCACAAGGGCCACCCGCUGUGCAAGUUCUGCGACGUGCGGUACUUCGACAAUGACGAGCUGUACCGGCACCUGCGUCGGGACCACUACUACUGCCACUUCUGCGGCGACGACUACCGGCUACAGUACUACCGCAACUACGAGUACCUGCGGGCGCACUUCCGGGAGGAGCACUUCCUGUGCGAGGAGGGCGACUGCCGCAACGAGACGUUCACGGCGGCCUUCCGCACCGAGAUCGACCUCAAGGCCCACCGCGCCCAGCAGCACAACCGGUCGCUCACCAAGGCACAAGCCAAGCAGGCGCGCACCCUGGACCUCGAGUUCGCCGUCACUCCGAGAGCCACGGCUAACUCCUACAUGUCCAGUGGCUACUAUGAUGAAUUUGGUGGCCACGGACGACGCCCACCACGGCAACCUCGGUUGGGGAGAGGUCCACCACCAGACACUAGCAGAGAGAAUCUGCUGUCCACGCAGUCACAUUUGCAGACGGCUGAGGACCUUCAGAUGACUUGGGAAUUGCAGCCGCCGGUUGAUUAUCGCUGCGAGAAAGAGUUCCCGCAGCUCGGCAGCGACGGAGCUGCACCAGCACCGUCUACUUCAUCCGGGAACAAGGCUCCUGUCGACCCUUUUCCAGUAACGGCAUCGUCGUACCCUCCUAGGAGGCCGAACAAGGUCAACGUCAACAGCGUCGACGAAUUUCCAUCGCUCAACCCGUCGUCCUCUACCGCCAUGCAGCAGGGGCCACCUGCACCACCAGCCAUGGUGUCACUUCGCAAGUCAACUAAGGCACACGGUAAGGGCCACGCCAACGGAAUAACGCCGGGUCAACGGUCGGCCGCGAAGCAGCAGCAGGAUGCCAACAACAACGGCACCGGAGGAAAGACCGCAAUGGACUGGUUCGCGCAGCCCUCGGGAGACCGUAGUUCGGUGAAACCACAGCUGUCGACAGCAUCGGCAGUGGUGACGGCGCGCCCCGCACCGGAGCUGGCGAGAGCGAAAAAGCCGCCCUCCAAGGCACCACAAAAGAUGGUGCUCGACGAGGACUUUCCGACUUUGGCGACGCGCAGCGUCGCCCGGAUUUCGAUUUCGUCCUCGCCAGCGCCUUCGCCUCAGUCAGAGCCACCUUGGAACACGGGAAAGUCGGCAAAGACGAAGAAAAAGAAAAAGACGGAGGACACGAAGCAAACAGAAAUGUCAAAACAUCCGCCAGGGAUCGAAAUCAACAACAACGGCACUGCCAAGGCGUCAGUGGCGGUCACAAACAAACAGCCUUCGGAGACUAGUACUGAAUCGACGCCGUCUGCUGUCCCUCCCACGAACAACCUGCUGCAACUUAUCGCGGCUGCGAGGAAAGGGACCACUAUCCCAGCACCUCCUGAGCCCGCCACCGAUGUGGUCUGCGACGGCGACAGUUCGGACUCGGACGAACAACCGCUGAGGUUGACAGUUGCAGAUUUUCCGUGCCUCAACGGUCGGCCAGCGGGGACUGCUGCGCCUCCGCCAGGAUUCGGCAAACCCAAGAAGCCACCACCCGGGUUUGCGCGACCCAAUGUGUGCGACACGCCGAUGGGGACGCUGUCCUCGCUCGUGAAGACGACGACACCGACGUCGCCCGCAGUGCCGCCGCAGUACAUGCCUCCAGCGGGCUUUCAGCAGCGCAACCUCGCUCUGAUCCAGGAUGUGCAGCAGAUCCUGGCUAAACGCUCCGAGGACGGCCUCUUUGCAACGUUCAAGUCAUUGUCGGGCUCGUUCCGCCAGGGGGUGUUGUCCGCUGACGAGUACUUUUCCCGCUGUGUCGAGUUGUUUGGCUCCGAGAAGGAGUUCAUUGCCAUCUUUCCCGAGCUGCUGUUCCUGCUGCCGGACAUUCGGAAGCAGCAGGAGCUCAUGGCCACGUUCAACGCCCACCGGAAGGCGCAGGCAGCGACAUCCGGCGCACUGCCCAAAGGGCCGCCCGUCCAACUGCUCGUGUGCGCAACCUGCCAGCAGGUGCUGUCCGCCGAGGACUUCCGGAGUCACCGCACCGUGCACGACCCCUCGUGACUCGAACUCACCCCGUAUGUCCAAGUGCCUUCUUCACUUCAGCAUCUCGCCUCAACUUGGUGAUGUCACCGGGUUGCAGGCGAUGUCACCAGAUACAGACAACGUCACCGGACGUCUGGUGAUGUCACAAGGAGGGGUUUCACCGAAGCGCGGCCCUCUGACCCCAUCAUCGUCGCCAGCUGUCUGGUUGCGUGGAGCGGCUUUUCAGUCUCGCUGGGAUGCCAAGUGAAGUUCCUCCGACUCAAAAAAGUCUCGACUAUGAAUUCUCGGGACUUAGGUGGAUUGGUGUUUCUCUCACAGAACUUGUUUUUAUUACCGAAAGAAGGUGGCUUGCUGCCUCGCUUGUACUGUCCCCUCCCUGCAGUGUCACUCAUAACAAACGUAAAGGUCAUAGACUAAAUAGUGUGGUACCAUCAUCAGCUGCUUCUCUUUUUUUUUUUUUUUUGAAAUUUUCACUGUGGCUUUUGUAAUGUCCAGUCUGAUAAUGAUGGCUAGCCUCGUCUUGUCCUCAACUCACCGAAGGCUUGUUGGAGUGGUCAAGUACUGUAAUGGUGGAAACAGACUUUUGUAUGACCCUUCCCUCCCCCAACUUACAUCGGUUCAAGUUGUGUAUUCUGAUGUUGUUGCUAGUCUGACAUGUAGUGUUGCAAGGCAUUUGGUGCAAGGUGGUUCCAAUCUGUCGAAAGACAAAGGAUAUGUGGGUGCUCAACGUGUUAGCGGGACCUUCUCUUCUUUUCUUUUUUUUGUUCAUGCAACAUGUGAUUGCUUCGGACUAAGUCAUCAAUACCUGUCUCAAACCAUUGUUUGCAGUGUUCAUUUGCGUUGAUUGUUACUUAACAAGUGCCGUCGCUUAUUAAACACUUGCUUCUUAGACUCUCUUUUUUUUUCUGCUUUCCUCGUAACUGUGAUUGCUUGUGCCUUUUCACCCUAGCUACAUGUUAUUUAAUGUCUAAACUCUUUUUGUAUCAGUCACAGUCCGCACACUUUCUUGGAUACAUUUUUUUUUAUAUUUAUAAUUGAUAUGCACAUGAAUUGAGUCAGAUUUGUCGCAGAGUUUUUUAUACCUUUGUUAAUUCACAAGUUCGCUCAAUCUAGCUUAUUACUCCUACAGAUAACACUAAUUGACAAAUAUAAUUAAGAGGCAGGUGCACUUUUCAAAGCAUUUUAUUGCUUAUUUUUUAUAUAUUAGCUUUCUGUCACUCGUGCUGCCUUCGAAUGUGGGUGCUGUCUGUUGGCAGCUUCCAUGAAAUUUUAACUUGUUUAUUCUCUGGGUUCGUGCAUUUUGACAUGCUCUGUAAGCACGAGUGAAAUUUCAAACUUUUUUUAAGUGAGCUCUAAGCCUUCGAACACACAGGCUCAUUUGCUGCAAGUUCAGUAAAUACAAAUAUUGAUGAACAAGUUUAGUGUUGCCUUAUUUUUUUAAAGUACUUUUCGCUGAGUCAAUUUAUAUUUACGUUAUUGAGCAAUGAUUCUUCUGCGUCGGUUGCUUAACGGUCAUUGUGCAAUUUAGGUUGCUUUGUGCUAAUGAAUUGAGCUGUCAAAGCACCUUUUGUAUUUUUGAUGACUUACAGAAGGCACGCUUAGCAUUUUGAUGUACCAAGGUGGGCUAAUCUUUAAGUUUGUGUAAAAUCUGCGCUGUUCUCAUUUGGAAAUUAAGAGCACCCGUGUUUUGGUGUCGGGACGAAAGCCUUCAUGCAGCGUUUCAUUUUUAUCCUUCGGUGAUUCUAUCAAUGCUUCGUUUCAGCCAAAUUCCUUUUGUUUUUCAAGCCCACGCAUAAUUCUGGGCCGUCGCACGUUCGAAUCGAGAAGUUGUCUUUCCCUAGCGAAUUGCUUCACUCUGACAUUGAGAGCCUUUUGAAAAGAUGCACGCAAGCGUUUUUUUUUUUUUUUUUUUUUCCUCGUGUCCUGUUUCAUGUUUUGUGUGAACUGUAUAACAAGUCCUGCAAAAGAUAUCGGGCAAUGCUGCGCGAAAUUUAACUCAUUUUUCUGUGUUUUCUGUCAGCUGCUCCACUUGUGUUAAUUCUGCUGGUUGGCUGCCAUGUACUGCGCUUAACGCUUUGCUUGUACAGACAGCUUUACUUGUACAGCUGAGAGAGACGCUUUUUUUCGGAGGAGUAAAUUAUUGUUUUUGUUUGGAA